AUGGAUGAGAAUCUGGAGGAUCGCAUCCGACGGCACCAGAAGAUCAUGAGGUCAAGAUACUCGAGGUUUUUGAGGAGACGGUCAAUGUGGGAGGGAGAGGAUCACACAGACUGGCCGCGGCACAUUUCAGAUCGGUAUUGGUCUAGCAGAUCUUGUGGCUACAAGCCAUCGGACACGACAAAAUCUUCAGAAGCAAAGCCAACACAGGAAGAGCGCACCGUGGAAGGUUUCCACCGAGAUUUUGACGCAUUCAGAGCAGCUUUUGAUCGGAAUUUCGCAAGAGACCCUUACAGAACGCUCUUUGGGAGGCGAAUGGCAAGCCACCCGUGGAUUACCAAUCCCUCCUGGACUGGAUUCUCCUGGCUAUCGCACCGGGACAAUCUACAUAAGGACGAGGUUGUACAGCCUAGCAAGCCAGACUCAGCGGAUCAUGAGAGCGCUCCUCGAGAAAACGCAAAUAAUGCCACGGUGACGCAUUCGGAGGUAUUAGAAGGGGACAAGAAUGCCAUUACUCCCGUUGAAGAAGACUAUCAAUAUGACCCAAUCUCAAUGAGAAAGGUGCCAAUCAAAAAGCCAGAGGCGGCCGCCGAGGUCGAGCCCGAGCCGAAGAAGUCUUUCCUGGAGAAAUUUUUUGCAGAACACGAUGCUGAUAUCCCUGUCAAAAAGUAUAAGCCACACCAAGGAUCUGGAUAUGGUGCGUCGACUCAAGAAGCUGAGGACUUGGGGUCUGAGGCAAGGGGCGGCAAUAUGCAUCCCCCCUUUGACAGUGGUAGGAAGCAGGAAAUGCGUGAUCUCAUGAAAAGAAUCAAGGGCAACAACCUUGACACCACUGCCCAAUUCACCGAAUCACGCCCCAAUCAGAAGGCUGAAGAAGACUCUGACAAGUUAACUAUUCCAACAGAGGCUCAAGAAUCACCCGAGCUAGAUGACAGCACUCCGUUAUUCUCAGGCACUGCAUAUGCCGACCGAUUUAGCAAUGAAGCCAUCGGUCCAAGCAAGUUAUCCAAUUCGGCUGAAGCAGUAACUCAAGAGGCAUCCCAGGAUGUGAGUUACAUUACAACGGACUCAACCCUUAAGGGCUUUAUCAAACAAUCCUCCAGUCGGCUUGAGCCAGCAUUGGAUCGUAUCCAAGCAAACACCGAUGGAAGAGCGGACGAGGUACCUUUCACGCUACAAACGGCCGUGGAUCGCCAUGCUUCUGCAUUGAAGAAAGAGCUGAAGGAGGCUGAGGAUGCUCCGGCUGGGCCAAAGACUCCGGACUAUCUGGCGGCAAGCACAGAGGAAGAUAUAGACCUCCUAAGGGGCAGCGACGUACGUGCAGCUACAAGAACUGCGAGAGUGACAAAGCAAGAAGCAGAAACACUGAAGAGUGAGGCUAGGGCCAAACUUGAGGCGGACUAUGCAUCUCGACUAGCAGGGGGGAAAGCAGUUGAUGGUCAUGAGGUUGAUGCGUUUGCAAGCAAGCUUACGAAAAGGGUCAAUCAUGUCUGGGAUCAUAUUCGCGAAUACCCACAUGGCAUAGUGGCGAAAACAAUGAAUUCUGUGAACGCUUUCAAUGACAACUACAAGAAAUAUGUGCGACCCGAAGGCACGAAAUCCUUGACCGACAAGCUUGUGUUUCAAGAUCAAUCAUUGAGCAAGUCCCCUUCGAUAUACAAGAACACAGGAAUGCAGACAGAAUCGAAACAGUUGACUCCAUCACAGGAGGUGCUGGAUGCCGACAAGGAAAGGUCUGAACGGACUAUCAAACUGAGAAGGGCAACAAUCGGAGCGAAGGAAGAGGCAGAGGCUCGUGACGUACAAUUGUCUCAAUUGUCUGCUGACAUUCGAGCUGCAUAUGAGGAUGGGUAUGGCACUAUCAACGUCAGCCAUCGGCAGCCGGAACUCACUCCUACCAAAGCUGGCACGGGGGAUUCAGCACCACCUCCCAAGCCUCACCCUCUGCUGAGCGCCAGUGUCAAACCCGGGGUAUCGGUUAAUUCAGUUAUUGACGAACACGUCGGCACCUUUGAGCCCAAACUCGCAGCGCUAGUGGAUAGUGCCAAAGAAGUUCGAUCUCAGCUUCGACAGCUUGAUGAAGAAGUGGAGCAGAUCCGACCUGCUCUCUCUGCCUGUCCACACUUGAGCACCGUUAUCGACGGCACAAAAGAUGUCCGGAGAGAGUUGCACGAAGCUCAUUUGGCCAUUCGAGCAAUCGAAAGCGGGAGACCUGAAACGGUGUGGAAUGCUCUGGAUAAGCCUUGCCCCAACUAUGGCCAGAAGAGAAUCGAUUGGCAGGCGGAGGAGAUGUCGGCAAACAAGGCGGAUCAGUCGGAGGUGGUGGGCGACGGCCAUUCAACAAUGCCUUUAGAAAACAAGGCAUCAUCCUCGGCAGUACUUCCCUCACAAGAACCGAAGAAGGUGCCCGAGCCAGUGUUCACACCUUCUGGUUCACCGGUCUGGAAUGAUGAACAGCCACCUUCAAUUGAGAGUCUGAGAAGGGGGACGUUUGAUUCAAAGUUUAUCAUCCUUGCUUAUAAUCCUUCCACAAGCAAGGUCGAGUUCUCGCCCAUGAACGAGCCGGCAAAGCCAACACACAAAGCAGCCGAUCCCGUUGGGAUCUUGAGCAGACUCAAAAACGCUCCCGAAUUCCUGAGGCACUUUGCGUUGUUGAAGAGGGCAGGCUACUCACUCUUCAACGGUAAAGAAAACAUGCUCAUCUUCAAGAAGAAACAGCCCGAGCAUAGUUCCGGUUCAUCGCCCGCACAAAGGGUGGUGGAGCCGAAGGCCGCCACUGCGACAGCCUCAACCAGUUCUGCCUCUGCUACGAAGACUCGUGCUAACGAAGAGUCGGCAAUUUCAAGUGCCACGGUGCUGGAAGAAAUACCAAAAGAAGUCGAACAGACCGUUGGACCGGCGGGCUCAACAGCGCGCUUCUCUCGCCCGUUAGGCGAUGUAGGCCAAGUUCGGGUGAAGAGGCAAGAAGAGGUGUUUUCCGGCACCAUUCGACCAAAUGCAGCAGCCCAGUCAUCGAGUGCUGAGGAUGAUAGGUUGUCGACGUCCACGCCCAAGCCUGCCUUGGGCACUUCCAACGAACAGAGAGACGGGGUUUGGAAACGGUUCACGCGUAGCUUGAAACAGACGGUCAUGAUCGUUGCAGCUCUCGGUGGCGGUGCCUAUACUAUCGGAUUCAUCGCUGAAGGGAUGGGUGCGGAGACGCAGAAACAGAAAGGCGUUGAAGACACUCAAGCUCGCGGGCCGAGGAAGAGAAUCGUGAUGACAGGUCAGAGACCAGGGAUAUACAGCACCGAGAGCUCAAGGUAA